AUGGCUUCCCCCUUUUUCUGGGCCUCAAUAUUCCUUAUUUAUCACAAAACCCUCUUAGGACACACAUGGCUUGUAAACAAUUUGCUCAUGACUGGACCAAAAGCUUAUUUAAGCUACACGAGCAGUGUUCUCGCCGGAGCCCAAAACGGAAUGCAGGAGUGCAAGCACCAGUUUGCGUGGGACAGGUGGAACUGCCCGGAGAGCACGUUUCACCUCUCAACUCACAGACGGCUCAGAAGUGCGACGAGAGAGACCUCGUUUGUCCAUGCGAUAAGCGCAGCUGGUGUCAUGUAUACUUUAACCAGAAACUGCAGCCUGGGGGACUUGGACAACUGCGGAUGUGACAACUCAAGAAAUGGUAAAAUUGGGGGCCGUGGAUGGCUUUGGGGAGGUUGCAGUGAUAACGUGGAUUUCGGAGAGAGGAUCUCCAAGCAAUAUGUGGACGCGUUCGAGACUGGACAGGACGCCCGUGCUGCUGUCAAUCUUCAUAACAAUGCAGCAGGUCGUCUGGCAGUAAAAUCGACUAUGAAAAGGAUCUGCCGCUGCCACGGCAUGUCGGAGAGCUGCGCGAUGCAGACGUGCUGGAUGCAGCUGGCCGAGUUCCGUGAGGUGGGCAAUUACCUGAAAGUAAAGCACGAUCAAGCACACAAACUUGAGCUGGACAAACGGCGCAUGCGUGCGGGGAAUAGCGCCGAUAACCGCGGAGGCGCUAUUACGGACGCGUUCAGCAAUAUCGCACGCUCGGAACUUAUCUAUUUAGAGGAUUCCCCUGAUUACUGCGCAAAAAACUUGAGCCUCGGACUUCACGGCACGGAAGGCAGGGAGUGUUUGCAGAGUGGAAAGAAUCUGUCGCAGUGGGAAAAGCACAGCUGCCGAAGACUGUGUCACGAAUGCGGUCUGCGCGUCGAGGAGAUCCGCACCGAGACAGUGAGCAGCUGCAACUGCAAGUUCCACUGGUGUUGCACGGUGAAGUGCGAGAACUGUACGCAGGUUAUAGUAAAGUACGUUUGUGCACGGAGACAAAGUGGCCAGGGUCAUAACCGACGCAGAUUUCGAGGACCAAAAUGA